AUGAUUGGGCCAAAGCAGCAGAAAGAUGUUGGACUUGUUUACAUGUAUCCCAAAAUGUUAUUUACCUACUUGCCUCCAUUUGUUGCUCUCAUCUGUGACUCUUUGGAAGAUCAUGUUUCUGGAGCUGGCACCAGGUGCCCCCUGGGCUACUUUCCAUGUGGCAAUAUCACAAAGUGUUUGCCCCAACAGCUGCACUGCAAUGGUGAGGAUGACUGCGGGAAUCGGGCUGACGAAGACAACUGCGAGGACAACAACGGAUGGUCUCUGCAAUUUGAUAAACAUUAUACAAAGGACAAAUACAAUAAACUGAAAUCUCUGUAUGCAUUUCAGACAAAGACACCUGAGUGCUUGGCUGGUGGUGUGCCAGCAGAGUGUACCUGCCAAGGCCUGGAGGUUUUCUGUGAUGCUGCCAAACUACGUGCUGUCCCAUCAGUCUCUCCAAACAUAACCAUCAUGUCUCUUCAGAGGAAUCAGCUGAGGAAACUUUCUGCUGAUGUUUUCAAGAAAUACCAAGAUCUUAAAAAUCUGUAUCUUCAGAAUAACAAAAUCAGAGCCAUAUCUGAACGUGCUUUCAAAGGUUUAUACAACUUGACAAAACUAUACCUGAGCAACAACAAGAUAACAAAUUUGGAGCCUUUUGUCUUUGCAGAUCUCCACAGACUUGAAUGGCUGAUAAUUGAAAACAACAGGAUAAAUCGGAUCUAUCCAUUAACAUUCUAUGGACUCAAAUCCCUUAUUCUUCUAGAGAUGAUGAAUAAUUCUCUUGCUCGUUUGCCUGAUAAACCUUUGUGCCAAUAUAUGCCAAGAUUAAACUGGCUGGACCUUGAAGGCAACCAUAUCCAUCACGUGAAAAAUGCCACUUUCAUGUCCUGCAGCACUCUAACUGUAUUGGUGAUGAGACGAAAUAAAAUCAGCUCCCUAAAUGAAAACAGCUUUUCUUCUCUCCAGAUGUUAGAUGAAUUAGAUUUGGCUAGCAACAAGAUUGAAUCACUUCCUCCAUACAUAUUUAAGGAACUAAAGGAACUUUCACAACUGAACCUUUCUUACAACCCCAUCAAGAAAAUACAAAUAGACCAGUUUGAUUUUCUAACUAAACUCAAAUCCCUCAGCUUAGAGGGCAUUGAAAUUGCAAACAUCCAGAGGAGAAUGUUCAGUCCCCUGAGAAACCUUUCCCACAUAUAUUUCAAGAAAUUCCAGUACUGUGGGUAUGCUCCUCACGUGCGCAGCUGCAAACCCAACACUGAUGGGAUUUCCUCCCUCGAGAAUCUUUUAGCUAGCAUCAUACAGAGAGUGUUUGUCUGGGUUGUAUCUGCCAUUACCUGCUUUGGGAACAUUUUUGUUAUCUGCAUGAGGCCUUAUAUCAGAUCAGAGAACAAGCUGCAUGCCAUCUCCAUAAUGUCUCUCUGCUGUGCUGACUGUCUGAUGGGGAUAUAUUUAUUUGUGAUUGGAGCUUUUGAUCUUAAAUAUCGUGGAGAAUACAACAAGCACGCUCAGUUGUGGAUGGACAGUAUCCACUGUCAAUUGGUUGGAUCGCUGGCUAUUCUGUCUACAGAGGUGUCAGUCUUACUGUUGACUUAUCUGACUUUGGAAAAAUACAUCUGCAUAGUUUAUCCUUUUAGGUGUUUGAAGCCCAGAAAAUGCAGGACAAUUUCCAUUUUGGUUCUUAUCUGGAUAAUCGGGUUUGCUGUUGCUUUUAUCCCACUGAGCAAUAAGGAAUUUUUCAGGAACUACUAUGGCACCAAUGGCGUCUGUUUUCCUCUUCACUCAGAACAAUCAGAAAGUUCAGGAAGUCAGAUUUAUUCUGUUGUGAUUUUCUUAGGUGUAAACUUGGCAGCUUUUAUCAUCAUUGUGUUUUCCUAUGGGAGUAUGUUCUACAGCGUUCACCAGACAGCUAUUAUGGCUACAGAAAUUCGGAAUCAUAUUAAAAAAGAGAUGAUCCUUGCUAAACGUUUUUUCUUCAUUGUAUUUACUGAUGCACUAUGUUGGAUACCUAUUUUUAUUUUGAAACUCCUUUCUUUACUUCGAGUAGAAAUACCAGGUACCAUAACUUCUUGGGUGGUGAUUUUUAUACUGCCAAUAAAUAGUGCUUUGAAUCCUCUUCUCUACACUUUGACUACACGACCUUUCAAAGAAAUGAUUCACCAGGUUUGGUACAACUACAGACAGAGAAGAUCCAAAAGAGGUAAAGGCAGCCAGAAACCAUACGGUCCAUCAUUCAUUUGGGUAGAGAUGUGGCCAAUGCAUGAAAUCACGCCAAAGGUUACGAAGCCUGUGCUUUGUACAGACUCUUCUGAUGCUUCAGUGACUACACAGUCAACAAGACUGAAUUCCUACACGUAAUGAUGGUUUGAGUCCUCACGGUGACAUUGGCACUGUUAGUGUCACAUCCGUGGGCUUGCUGCUUUACAGCCACAAGGAAAAUGAGGGAGGUGUGACAUCAGGGCUCACGAGAACCACUGCAGAAAGA